ACUUAAAAAAAUACCCAAAAAUAUUACAAAAAUAAAUCAAGAAUAAGACAGUACAUGAAAAAUGCUGUCGACAGAAUCGCCGAAGUUCGACCUUCCCGAGGAAUUGCUGCAGGCUUUGCCGUCGGACCCAUUCGAACAGCUGGAUGUCGCCCGGAAGAUCACCUCCAUUGCGCUCUCCACACGCGUCGACGCCCUCGAGUCGGAGGUGUCUGUGCUCCAGCAGCAGCUCGCCGACAGGGACACUAUCAUUUCCGGGUUGGAGUCGCAGCUCCAGUCGCUCGAUGCCUCUCUCAGUGAAGCGUCUGAUAAGCUCUCCCUGGCUCAGCACGAAAAGGAAAGCUUGAUGAAGGAGAAUGCACAGCUGAGCAGUGCUGUAAAGAAGCUGAAUCGUGAUGUUGCUAAGUUGGAAACCUUCAGAAAGACACUCAUGCGGUCGCUGCAAGAGGAUGAAGACAAGCCCGCAAUUCCUCCUAACGCUGCUCUGCCACUGCCACCAAUCAAUUCAGAAGACACUGCUGGUUUGCCGCCUAAUCGAACAACUUCCCUUCAAAGCCAAUUCUCAGAUUCUGGGAAUUCAGUUGCUGAGGACACUGAGAGUAGUGAAGCCUUGAGGCCCCGAGUGCCACACGGCCCAUUGCUAGCAUCCCAAACUAGCACACCUCGCCUUACGCCUCCUGGUUCACCUCCAAGUCUAUCUGCAACAGUGUCUCCUUCGAGGACACCGGUGCCAAUGUCUCCAAUUAGGAGACAUUCGAUUUCGUUUUCAACUGGAAGAGGCUUCUUUGAUGAUAAAUCUUCAGCAUUCUCUUCUAUGCCUUCUGGUCCGUUCAGUUCAAUGCCAGGAUCACAACCCGGGAAAACCCGCGUUGAUGGAAAAGAAUUCUUCCGCCUGGUCAGGAAUCGGCUAUCAUACGAGCAGUUUGGGGCGUUUCUGGCGAACGUGAAGGAACUUAAUUCCCAGAAACAAACGAAGGAGGAAACUUUACGGAAGGCGGAUGAAAUAUUUGGCCAAGAUAACAAGGACCUCUAUGCAAUUUUUGAGGGGUUAAUCAUGCGUAAUGUCCAGUGAGAAGAUGUGUACACGCUCGCCUUUACGUUUUCAGCAUUUGUUUUUUAAUGAUAGAUUUUCGUAAUUGUCGUUGUAAAGUAAGUUAUAUUCACAGCCAUUGCACAUGGAAACUUGUAAUUGAUUUGUAUCAAAUUGCAAUGUUUCUUUGAUAAUCUUCAAUAAUAAGGUAAAUUAAGUGUAAUGUUACAGA